AUGGAGAAGCUCUACAACGGCGCAGAUCUUAUGACCCCAGGUCUUACAAACGGUCCCCCAUUCCCAGCAGGAGCCGUGAAAGGAUCCGUGGUUGCUGUCUCGAGUUUGGAUAAGCCUAGCGUUCCCACAUUCGUAGGUGUAUGUGAGAUUGAUGUUGCUGGCCUAACACAGGUACAAGGCGCAAAGGGACAUGCUGUCAGGGGGAUACAGUGGGAGGGUGAUGAGAUAUGGGGCUGGGGUUCGACAGGAAAGUCUGGUCAGCCAUCGCCAGAUCACCUGGAUGGUUGGAUUCGCGAAACCGAAGUGGCGGAAGAGAAACUCCAGGACCUAGAUCUAGGCGAUGAUGAAGAUUUAGAUGGAGUCGCGGAUGGAGGUGUUCCUAUUAACCGACCUCUAGAGGAAGAACAAAGGGUAGGGGAGGAGGCGGAAGAAGAAGAAAAAGGUGGAGAAGAAGAACUUCCGCCUCCAACCACAAAAGAAAUCGAUGAUGUCUUCGAAAAAGCAUUCAUAUAUGCGCUCUACCAGCACAAGAAAGAUCACCCCGGAGACCAGAACCAUGGCCUGUCAUUCCCCAUCCAGCCAUCGUUCUUGAUAUCCAACCUGAUCACUCCGUUCUUACCAAUAUUUUCGCCAAACCAGGCACAAUAUUACCAGAUCAAGAAGACAUCCUGGAAGAACGUUAAGAAGUUUGUCAAGCAUCUCGAUAAGAUAAAGUUACUCAAGUCAAAGGACAGAGGAGGGGAAACAAUAGUCAUGGAUGUUGAUUUUGAUGACAUCCUUGUCGACCAGUUUGUCCCUUACCGGCUGCCCAAGAAGACAAGCUCAGGGGGCGCAAAGCCAAAGGCUGCCUCUGAAAAUACCUCAGGAAGCGUGUCAUCCGAUCAGGUCAACGUUAAGACACUCUACCGCCCAAGCAGCAAGCUGGUACCUGAUCUAUUUCCCCCCUUAUCCAACACCGAUGUGAACAACUACUACUCAGCCUCCGAUGUCUCCAAACGCCUGAACGAUUACAUUUCCUCCCAAGAUCCACCUAUUAUCUCUCCCUCUAACCCCCGGAUUCUCACGCUCAAUGCCUUCAUCAGCAACAAAAUUAUCCCUUCCAACGAUGUCGUGACUCUUUCACGCGGGACUAUCCCACGAGAUACUCUGCUGAAAAGGCUACUCGAGGACCCUUCACUAUGUGCACCUUUCCAUGCAAUUCUUAAACCCAAUCAGACACUCUCGGAUGUGAAACCCAAGCCGGGUGCCCUCCCGAAGACAACUAUAACCAUUGAACGCCGCACGGGAUCCAAGUUGGGUACCAAAUUAGCUGGCCUAGAUAGAUUCGGCAUAUCACCCCAGCUACUAGCAGAUGAGCUAUCGAAGAAGUGUGCGAGUAGUACCAGUGUUAGCCAGGCAGUUGGUGGCGCCAAGGGGGAAAUGGAAGUCUUCCUUCAGGGUGACCACCGAGGGGUAGUAGAGAAACUCCUUGUUAGCAAGGGCCUCAAGUCCCAGUGGAUAAGCAUUGUGGACAAGUCCAAGAAAAAAUGA